GAUUGGCCUAUCGGGAGAAAUCGGAAAAAAUUGAUUCAUAAAUCAAAAACAAAGCAUGACCUGCUGUGCUAUCAGAUACGUGUGUUAUUGCCCAUAUUUGGUAUCUUUCUUACAAAUGCAUUUUUAAGUCAUGUGUAGUGUUUUGCUUAUUGCUUAAAUAUGAUACUGAAAUAUGCGUUUUUAUUUUUUUGAAGCAAUUAAGUUGGGCGCUUUUGCGUUUUAGGGAAUUCAGUGACGAAUUAAAGUUAGGAACACAAGUGAAAUAGAAACCGGCCAUUAUUGGAGCUGGCCUGCGUGCUGCAGCCUGCGUGAGUGCGUGCAUUUUAAUGGACAGCAUUAGGCUACCUCAAUGAGAAAAACAUAUUUUUGCAGACGACAUUAAUUACGUUUUUUUAAAGCAAAUCCGGGAGCCCGUCGUUUCUGCUGCAGGACAGGCGUCUGUCCUUUUUGCCUCGGUCAUCGGCGAGCCGAUCGAAACAAUGCAAAUGUUUCUUUCCUCGAUCUCAAUAAGGAGCUGACUAUAAUCUCCAUCGCUGUGGCCGCAAAAUGGAUGCUGCUUGGAGCAAUUUCCUCUUCCAGAAUACUCCCACCCAAAACCAAGUGGAGGGGAGUCUCCAAUCAGAGCUCAUGUCAGUGCAUACGAGUUCUCCCCAAACCCCACCCACAGAGCACAUAGUUCAGCCUCCUUCAACUGUGGACACUGCUGCUCUCAGUGAGGAUCCCCUACCUGUGAAGCCCGUGUCUCGUCCAGCCCGAGUGCCCCACAUCUGUGCCAUCUGCAACAAGCAGUUCAAGAAUAACUACAACCUGCGGCGGCAUCAGUCGGUCCACACUGGGGUACGCAUGAAGGACAGGGCCAGAGAGCAGGCGGAGGGGGCAAAGGAGGGAGCGGCCGGCCAGUUGACUGUGGCGGUGGCGGCCCCGUUGGCGAUGGCGGUGGGGGCCGGAGGGAGGGCGGAGAGGCCAACUGUUCCCCUCUCCCUGCUGCAUCUCUCCGCACCUCCUACUCUCGCCCCUCCCGGCUUGCUGGCGGGGGCCCAGCAGCCUCCCCUGGGUAGUCAGGAUGGUGACAGGGUCGCCAUGCCAAACGUAAUGGCUAGUGUUAACCCCCACGCUCCACCUCCUGCUGCUGUCGUCAUGGCCUCAGGGGCGACAGUACAGCGGCCUUCCAAUCCCAACCCCAACCCGGUGAGGAAGAACCAUGCCUGUGAAACAUGCGGGAAGGCUUUCCGGGACGUUUACCACCUCAACCGGCACCGCCUGUCCCACUCAGACGAGAAGCCGUUCUCCUGUCCCAUCUGCCAGCAGCGAUUCAAGAGGAAGGACCGCAUGAGCCACCACGUGCGCUCGCACCAGGGCGGCGUUGAAAAACCGUAUGUCUGCCCCCACUGCGGCAAGGCUUUCUCCAGGCCGGACCAUCUCAACAGUCACGUCAGACAGGUGCACUCCUCAGAGCGUCCCUUUAAAUGCCCAACUUGUGAGUCCAGCUUUGCCACAAAGGAUCGGUUGCGUGCGCACAUGAUUCGCCACGAGGAAAAGGUCCCCUGUCACAUCUGUGGCAAACUCCUGUCAGCUGCUUACAUCACUGACCACAUGAGGGUGCACAACCAAUCACAGCACCACGCCUGCCAUCUUUGUAACCGCAGCUUCACAACACUGACGUACCUUCGCGUCCAUGCCCAGAAGCACCAUGGCCAGGAGUGGAAGGACAGUCCUGGGGGUUUCGGCGGCACGACCACAGGUGGCAUCCUCGUCUGCCAGUUGUGUGGUGUCCACUGCAAGACCCCAACCCAGCUCCAAGGGCACAUGGGCACCCAUAACAACAGCCAGGGCGUCCCAAACCCCAUCACCUCGAAUGUGGCUUCCAGCAGCUCUGUCUCCCUUAGCAACAUGGUGACGGCACCUACAGUGUACGUCACGGGUAACACAGUGGUGGACCUGCUUGUUACGGACUGCUCUAGUAUUGCAGCACCACAGUCUCACAGUUAGCAGGACGGAGCUCAGCAAUAAUAACCUCGGUUUCCUAACAGAGGGCAAGGUUAGAGAAGGUCAAAGUGACACAUAGAUGCUGAUCUGGUUUCACUUUUGUAAAGUCUUCAAUUAUUGGCAAGGUUAGGAUUAAGGGAGAAGGGAAUUAAAUGCAGAACAGCAACACCAAUGAUAAACAUAGUUGUGUUGCCAAAAUAUUUGUGUAAGAAAAAUGUGAUAUUGUGAGCAUCUAGUGUAUUACUCUCCCUCUCUGCCCUCUCUCUCUGCCCCCCCUCACCCCUGGCAUCAGCUGCUCUCUGCAAGUGCACCAAGUACUGUAUAUCUCACACCAGCUCUGAUCUUACCUCCAUAUUGUAGCUCUCUCACGAAAAAAAAUCCAAAUGGCUUGGGUUAAGAAGAAAUAGAAAGAGACUAGUUUGAAUAGAAUAAAAAGUAACACAUUAGGGGGAGGGAAGAUGUGUGUUAGCAUGUUAGCAUCAUAACGCUAAAAUCAAUGUUUGAUUUUCAAAGCUGUAAGUUUACAGACCAGGACAGGACGCCAUUCGUGUUGUGGGCAGUAUGGAUUUGUGGGAUGUAUUCGUUUAUUUGUUUCUUAAAGGUACAGAGAAAAGAAUAGAGAUAUAUUCAGGAGUGUCAAGCACCUUAAAUAGUCGUUGUUUGAUUCAGUGGUGAUCAAAAUGGGGUUUAAGAUUUCUAGGAUUUUUCUUCCUCUGAGUCUUCCUCUCUGGGUCCGGCCAUCUUAGAAAGAAAAAAAGAAGAAAGAAAGACCUAACUGCAAUUCAACUCUUCUUCUGGCUUCUGACAUGGCAACUCCUGCGCCUGAAAACUACCUUUUUGCAUGAAAGUAAGCUAGCUCAGUCAUGCUUAUUGUUAGGGAGCUGUCAUGACAAAAGAAACACUAAGCAGUUCUAAUACGUUGGCUGUAAACAAUUAUAUUUAUAAAAAGUGUUGAUUUUAACAAGACAUAGUCAGCCACUAUAUUCACAUGGCAGCCAUUUUCCUCUGAAUCGAUGCUAAUGUGUGAGCCGUCUCACAGCUGUGUGCUGUAUGGGCUAUCCCUAAAAUUUGAUAUCUGACAAGUUCUUCUCAUAUCACAACUUCCUCAAGAUCGGCAAGUGAUAAAGACAAUGAAUAGUGAAACGUUAUAGGGACCAAGACCAUUUUCUAAAGACUAAACAAGCUGUUAGCCAAAGUUAGGCAACAGCUAACAUUAAAAUUCUUCUUCCUUGCUUGUGUUAUCUAGAGAAUGUCUAAACACUAACGUCACAGUUUGCAUGUGUUAGAUGGUACAAUAAGAAAGGUAUAAACCUAGCAGAAGGUAGUGUUGCUUUGGAAGUUAUUGAAUGCUAACAUUAGCUGUUUAAUGGUUGCUAAUGGGUCAUCAAAUUUGUCGUACCUCCAAAUAUUGCCAAAUGUCCAUCUAGAUUUUCCCUUUUAUUGUUUUUUAGUUGCUGAUUAAUUGAGGCUAUGUGAUAUGAUGAUUUCUUUUUUUAGUUAUGUUACACUUAUGGGAUUCACGACCUGUAACUCAGCAGUGUGGACAGUAACGCAGCAUUUGAGCUUCCUAUCCUGUUUGUGAUGUCAGAGGAAAAUGGCAGCUAUGUGUACUGUAACUGGUGAAUUAAUUUGAUUGUAACUGUCAUUGCCAUAGUCCUUUUUUUUUUAUUUUCUCUCUGUACCUGUCCAAUGAGUGAGACUUAUGCAUUAGACUUAGUCAUUUAACUCUGUAUAGCACAUCAUGUUCGAAGUGCAAGUCAUUAUCGUUCUCAUCAUGUCACACGUCUGUUGGAUAUCUUUAAUUGCUCUGAGUUAUGUUGUGUGAUGUGGUGUCGAGAAAGGGCUUAUUAAGUCAUUAGUCAGGAAAAUUACGUACAUUUGGAGUCUGACAACACCACUUGGUAUGCUGUAAACAAACCUGGUUUUGUACUGGAGUGCUUUUUCAGUUUUGUGUUGAUAUGUUACCUUGAAAUUUGUAGUAGUUUCUUUCUUUCUUCCUUUUCUUCUCUCUUUGGAAAUGUGUUCUUCCUGUUGAGAAAAGUAGUGAUCUCUUAAAAAAAGUUCAUUUUAGGUUUUUUCUUCAUAACACUAAAAAAAUUAAUACCUCUACUCUAGGAUUCUGUACUGCUCUUCUGAUACAUCUUAAUGCCUUAUCGUACUCAACUGCAUUUUAAUUAUUUUAUGAUGAAAUAUUUCAGAUCUUAGUCAUGGAUUCAUUAAGAAUAAUAAUGGGAUGUAUUUAUAUUUAUAUUUUUAUAUUUCUCAACAGUAUGCAUGUCUAAAAGAUUGUUAGAGCAAAAAAAACAAAUCAAUGAUGCUUACUACAGUCAUGUUAUUUUGUAGAUGAAGUAGAAAUCAUGUUAUUAUUUUGUAAUUUGGACAAUUUAAAGUAAAAGAGUAAACGGG